GCAACAGCAAUACUCGGCUGGUAAACCAUCGAAGCAUGACAAGAACAAGCUUAUGCGCUCCGAGGGUAUCAUUCCGAUCCAGGCCGGAUCGAACAAAUAUGCUUCCCAGAAGGGAAUGACCGGUUUCGGAGUACCCCGUGACGUCAUCGACAAAGUCAAAGCCGACAAUAUUGCCGAGAUUACUGAUGAGAAGAAGAUCGAAGCUCUGAAAGCGUCCACCUGGCUUCAGUCCGGUACCAACAAAUUCGCCUCACAGAAGGGACAGACCGGCUUCGGUUCGCCUCGUGAUGUCAACUACAAGACCAAGGGUACCGGUGGUGCUGGUGAGGUGCCAGAAGAGAAGUCCGGUACCAACAAAUUCGCCUCACAGAAAGGACAGACUGGCUUCGGUUCGCCUCGUGAUGUCAACUACAAGACCAAGGGUACCGGUGGUGCUGGUGAGGUGCCAGAAGAGAAGGCCCGUGCGUCCGACGGUAUUGUACCCCUCCAAUCUGGUACCAACAAACUCGCUUCUCAAGCUGGUAUGACUGGAAUUGGAAUGCCGCGUAUCGUCGAUGUACGCAAGGCCGAGGAGCAGGAUCGAGAAUCGCAAGGAUUCAUCCAUCUUCAGAUGGGAACCAAUCGAUUCGCUAACCAGUCUGGUAUGACUGGUUUCGGUAUGCCCCGUCACAACAUCACCAAGUACAAGGAUGAAGUUCGUGGUGAGAUGCCUCAUGACGAGGGAACAACCUCAAGACAGACAUCAGGAUGGAGAGAGGGAGCUUCACAAGCCGGUAUGACUGGUUUCGGUGCUUUCCGUAACAACACUGUCGCACUUCUUCAGGCUCAGGAACAGCGUUCCCAGGGUAUGAUUCCCUACCAAAUGGGUGUGAACUUCCUCGAAUCACAGGCUGGUAAGACCGGAUUUGGUAUGCCUAGACAAACUGAAAUCUUGGAAAGUCAAAAAUCGAAGGCUAGUGGACGCUUUAAGGUAUACACCGCUUUCGUCGACGAUACCCAUGAAGAUCUUCCUGCUGAUAUGGCACGUAGACCGGAAGUCCCAUUCUGGACUGGGCAAGAUGAAGCUAGGCACGCCAAUCAGACCGGUAUGGGAGCUUUCGGUACACCUCGUGAUGUACGUGGAGAAUACGUUCGACGCAUGUGGUGA